AUUACCUUCCACUCUCUCUCUCUGUAACCUCUCUCUGUUUCUGUUUCCCUCCUCCAAAUUCUCUCUCUCUCUCUCUCUCUCUCUCUCUCUCUCUCUCUAUAUGUUUCACUAAUGGAGGUGGUCUCAGCACAUAGCAAUAUCUGGGACAGUGUCCUAGAGCUAACAAAGGUGGCCCAAGGAAAGGGUAUUGAUCCUCUGUUGUGGGCAAUUCAACUCUCUUCGAAAUUGAACUCUGCAGGAGUCUCUCUCCCCUCUCCUGAACUCGCAAACCUUCUCGUCUCUCACAUUUGUUGGGACAACAACGUACCCAUCGCAUGGAAGUUCCUUGAAAAAGCUUUGGCCUUCAAGAUCGUGCCACCUUUGCUCGUCCUCGCUCUGCUUUCCAGCAGGGUUAUUCCAAGUCGAUGUUCCAGGCCAGCGGCAUAUAGGCUUUACAUGGAACUCCUAAAGAGGCAUGCUUUGACACUUAAAUCUCAUAUGGAUGGGCCGGAUUUCCAGAAGAUCAUGAAUUCAAUAGACAAUGUUCUUCACCUCUCCCAGAUAUUUGGUCUGCAAUCAAGUGAACCUGGCAUUCUUGUGGUUGAAUUUAUCUUUUCAAUUGUUUGGCAGUUGCUUGAUGCAUCAUUAGAUGAUGAAGUGUUGAUGGAACUGACCCCAGAAAAGAAAUCUAAAUGGGUAACUAAAUCUCAAGAUAUGGAGGUAGACAGUGAUGACAAUUAUGAUGAGGAGAGGAUUGAACAUCAAGAGAGAUUGCAGAAUUUAAAUACUGUGGAGGCUAUAGAGUUGAUUGGGCAAUUUCUGCAAAAUAAAGUAACUUCCAGGAUUCUUUACUUGGCACGCCAAAACAUGCCCAGACAUUGGGGAGGUUUUGUCAAGCGGAUACAACUGCUUGUAGCAAAUUCAUCAGCAUUGAGAAAUUCAAAACUUACAACUGCAGAGGCUCUUACGCAGCUGACAUCAGACACUUGCAAAAUUCUGGCUCGGGAAUGCAAAUUAAGUUCACCGCAAGAGUUUCAUGAAGUUAUGGCUUCUGGGUCUCUGGCUUCUUCCACUGGUCUUUGUCAUGGAGCUAGUCGUUCUGCCCUUUGGCUUCCUCUUGAUCUGAUGCUAGAAGAUGCAAUGGAUGGUUCACAAGUUAAUGCAACAAGUGCUAUUGAAGUAAUUACUGGUUUGAUGAAGGCCCUUCAAGCAUUUAAUGGAACCACUUGGCAUGAAAGCUUUUUAGGUCUUUGGAUGGCAGCUCUACGUCUUGUUCAGAGGGAGGCAGAUCCAAUUGAGGGCCCUGUGCCUCGGCUAGAUACUCGAUUAUGCAUGUUGUUGACUAUCACAACUCUUGUGGUUAUUGAUCUAAUUGAGGAAGAGGAGAGUUCACCAACUGAUGAAACAGAAUGCGGUGACAGAAUUCACUGUAAAGAAAAGCAGGUUCCUGGAAAUCGUCGUAGGGAUUUGAUAUCCAGCUUGCAGAGUCUGGGUGAUUAUAAGGGCUUGCUGACUCCACCCCAAUCAGUUAUAUCUACGGCCAAUCAGGCUGCUGCUAAAGCAAUGAUGUUUAUUUCAGGCAUCAAUGUUGGUAGUGCAUACUUCGAGUGCAUCAGCGUGGAAGAUUUGCCAAUGAACUGUUCUGGAAACAUGCACCAUUUGAUAGUAGAGGCCUGUAUCGCCAGAAAUCUACUGGACACAUCAGCAUAUUUCUGGCCUGGCUAUGUGAAUGGACGCAUCAACCAAAUACCUCAUACUUUGCCUGUUCAAGUGCCCAGUUGGUCAUCAUUCAUGAAAGGAGCUCCACUUAGUCCAACUAUGAUAAACGCUUUAGUUUCAACUCCUGCUUCAAGCUUAGCAGAGCUCGAGAAAGUCUUUGAGACUGCGGUCAAAGGAUCAGAUGAUGAGAAAGUAGCUGCUGCUACUGUUCUUUGUGGAGCCUCUCUAACUCAGGGUUGGAAUAUUCAGGAACACACUGUUUGUUUUAUUAAUAGAUUGCUUUCUCCAGCUAUGAAUAUGACUGAUUAUUUAGGGAGUGAGAGCCAUUUGAUAUGUUAUGCUCCGAUGCUGAAUAUCCUCCUUGUCGGAAUAGCACCUGUUGACUGUGUUCAGAUUUUCUUCCUACAUGGCUUGGUUGCACAACUUGCAGGUUCAUUGAUGCCAAUCUGUGAGGUGUUUGGGUCAUGUGUUCCCAAUGCCUCAUGGACUCUCCCAGCAGGAGAAGAGAUCUCUGCCCACGCUGUGUUUUCGAAUGCAUUUGCACUUCUUCUAAAGUUAUGGCGGUUUAAUCACCCGCCUCUUGAACAUGGAGUGGGCAAUGUACCCCCAGUAGGCUCUCAACUAACUCCUGAAUACCUCCUAUUGGUACGAAACUCCCACCUAGUGUCUUCUGGAAACAUCCACAGUGAUCGAUAUAAAAGGAGAGUCUCAGCUGUUGCAAGUUCAUCGCCUCCAAAACCCAUAUUUGUGGACUCAUUUCCAAAGCUAAAAGUAUGGUAUCGGCAACAUCAAGCUUGUAUAGCUUCAACCCUCUCAGGUCUUGUUCAUGGGACUCCUGUUCAUCAGAUUGUUGAUGGGCUUCUUAACAUGAUGUUCAGAAAGAUUAAUAGAGCAAGCUCGUCUGUGACUUGUGUAACAUCUGGAAGUAGUAGUUCAUCAGGACCUGGAAACGAAGAUACAUCUGCUAGACCUAAAUUACCUGCUUGGGAUGUCCUUGAAGCUGUUCCUUUUGUGGUUGAUGCUGCUCUAACAGCAUGUGCCCAUGGAAGACUCUCUCCUCGCGAACUAUGUACAGGGCUUAAAGAUUUGGCUGAUUUCCUCCCUGCAUCUUUGGCAACUAUUGUGAGUUUCUUCUCUGCAGAAGUAACUCGGGGUAUUUGGAAACCAGUUUUUAUGAAUGGAACAGAUUGGCCUAGCCCCGCUGCAAAUCUGUCUCAUGUCGAGGAACAAAUUAAGAAAAUCUUAGCCGCCACUUGGGUUGAUGUUCCGAGCCUUGUUGCAGGGGGAAGCUCUCCAGCGACGCUCCCACUGCCUUUGGCUGCCUUUGUGAGCCUUACUAUAACCUACAAACUUGACAAUUCGUCGCAGCGUUUUCUCAAUCUGGCUGGCCCGGCCUUGGAGGCCCUUGCAGCAGGAUGCCCGUGGCCAUGCAUGCCAAUUGUUGCUUCCCUGUGGACCCAAAAGGCGAAGCGUUGGAGCGAUUUCCUUGUUUUUUCUGCCUCACGGACUGUAUUCCUCCACAACAAUGAUGCAGUGGUUCAGCUUCUCAAAAGCUGCUUCACCGCAACGCUAGGCCUCAACGUGACCCCUAUAUCGAGCAAUGGAGGUGUUGGGGCACUUCUUGGCCACGGAUUUGGAUCCCAUUUCUAUGGUGGGAUUUCGCCUGUUGCCCCAGGAAUCUUGUAUCUUCGUGUCUACAGAUCCAUCAGGGAUAUGAUGUUUUUAAGGGAAGAGAUUAUUUCUCUCUUGAUGCAAUCUGUGAGAGACAUUAUGUGUAGCGUGCCACCAAAGGAGAGUUUGGAGAAGAUGAAGAAAGCGAAAAAUGGUACGAGAUAUGGACAGGUGUCGCUUGCUACAGCAAUGACACAGGUGAAACUUGCUGCUUCACUUGGGGCUUCUUUGGUAUGGCUAUCGGGUGGAUUGGCACUAAUUCAAUCAUUGAUAAAAGAAACUCUGCCUUCUUGGUUUAUAUCAGUUCAUAGGUCCGAGCUUGAAGAAGGCUCACCCGGGGUGGUUGCAAUGCUUGGGGGGUAUGCAUUAGCCUACUUUGCGGUGCUUUGUGGAGCUUUUGCUUGGGGUGUGGAUUCAUCCUCGUCAGCAUCAAAGCGGCGUCCAAAAAUCCUCGGGCCCCACUUGGAAUUCGUAGCAAGUGCCCUUGAUGGGAAGAUUUCGCUUGGUUGUAAUUGGGCCAUUUGGCGUGCUUAUGUGUCUGGUUUUUUGAGCCUAAUGGUGGCUUGCACACCUACAUGGGUGUUGGAAGUUGACGUGGAGGUGUUAAAGAGGUUGAGCAAAGGGCUGAGGCAAUGGAAUGAAGAGGAGCUUGCAUUUGCUCUGCUCGGGGUUGGCGGGGUUGGCACGAUGGGCAUAGCAGCCGAACUGAUCAUUGAAAGCGAAAUAUAGUUCCCCCUUCCCUCUUUCUUGUCCAAAAUUUUGUAGGGUUGUGAUUGUAAUUUUUAUAGGAUGUAGUUGUAAAUUAGGUCUUGCUAACGAUCGUGUAAGUUUACACGGAAUGAAGGUUAGAAAUUCUGUCUUAGCGAAAACAAACUUGAUUUUAGGAAAGUGUUCUGUACAGCUUCUGUUUUAUAGUAAUUGAAUUUGUGCAGCUGAUUUGAAACUAAACAGGACACAAGUUUGAUAAAAAUGAUAUGUAGAUGGCAUGACUGGUCUUAGGAGUAUAGGUUUCUGUAAGGCUUAAGUCUUUUGAUUUCAAGCCCAAUAAAAAUGCAACAUUUUGAUA